CCUAUUCCUCCGCCAAACGAUUGCGGUGCACCCAUCGCACCCCGUUCAACAGUUUCACCAGCGUCCGGUCAGGAACACAUAAUUCACCAUGGAUUGGCAACCUGGAGAAGUGCCCCUGGCGCAACUAGCGCUUUACCUGAAGGACUCGUUGAGUGGGCAUGAUUCAAAUGCGCAAAGAAACGCCGAAUUGGUACGUGAUCGAUGGAAUGGGAGCAAGCCGUCGACGGGCCAUUGAGGAUGCAUUGUGCUGAUGCGAAUACCAGAUGCUCAUGAACGCCAAAAAGUCCCCUGACAUGACCAACUAUCUCGCAUACCUUGUAUAUAACGAGCAAGCACCCCCGGCCGUGCAAUUGAGCCAGGACCAGUAUACCUUGGCCAGAAGUGCCGCCGCCCUCAUGCUUAAAAACGAAGUUCGACAGGACUACAAAUCAAUACCGGACACCAGCAAGGCAUAUAUCCAGUCCGUCAUCUUGCUGGGGCUUCAAGACAAGCUUCCUCAGAUACGAAACUAUGCUGGGAGUGUCAUCACCGAGAUGUUAAAACAAGGCGGCAUUCUGGGCUGGCCGAAAGUUCUGUCACAGCUGAUCGUGUUGGUUGAUACGAAGGAUGGGUCCGUCGCUGCCCAUACGCAGGAGGGAGCCAUGAGUGCGCUAUUGAAGAUCUGCGAAGACAAUAAACGCGCUCUGGAGAAGGAGUACUCGGGCGAACGACCGCUGCUAUUCAUCAUACCCAAGCUGCUCAACUCAGUGGGACACCCCGUCGCAAAAGUCCGCGCUUUGGCCCUCGCGGCUCUAAACGUAUUCCUUCCGGAUAAAUCCGAUAUCGUCAUGGUGAAUCUCGACCUGUUGAUGCAGAACUUGUUCGCCAUUGCGUCCGAUUCACACGAUUCGGUGCGGAAGUACGUGUGCCGAACGUUUAUCCAGAUCGCCGAGAUCAGCCCCGAUCGGAUCGUACCGCAUAUGAAGGACUUGGUGGACUACAUCCUGCUGCAACAGCAAAAUGUGGACGAUCCGGAUCUCGCUCUGGAUGCGGCGGAAUUCUGGCUCACAAUCGGUGAAGCCGAUGAUUUGCGUGCGACCUUGGCACCCUACCUGGAGAAGAUUGUUCCCGUGCUACUUCAAAGCAUGGUUUACGAUGAAGAAGAUCAACUGAGGCUUGAAGCCGAGCAAGAGGAGGAUGCCGCGCAGGAAGACCGUGAGGAAGAUAUUAAACCCGUGUUCGCGAAGCCGAAAGCAUCACGCGCAAUCGGCGCAAACGGUGAAGAACUUCCCAAGAACGCCAACGGCUCGAACCAGCAAGCGAUCCAAGACGACGAUGAUCUUAGCGAAGGGGAGAUUGAAGAGACGGACGAGGACGACGACUAUGGAUUAGGACCGGAGGACCAUUGGAACUUGCGCAAAUGUUCCGCAGCGGCUCUCGAUGUGCUGGCGACCCAUUUCCAUGAACCAGUUUUUGCAUAUACAUUGCCUUACCUUAAAGACAACCUGAGUCACCAAGAUUGGCCACGGCGAGAAGCCGCCGUUCUCGCGCUUGGAGCGAUCGGUGUCGGCUGUAUGGAUGAUGUCCAACCUCAUUUACCGGAGCUGACGGCCUACCUGGUCACCCUCCUAACGGACCAGGAAGCCGUGGUCCGAACCAUCACCUGCUGGGCGUUGGGUCGCUAUUCGGUAUGGGCCUCGCACCUGAACGAUAUCGGAAAGCAACAGUACUUCGAACCCAUCAUGGAUGGCAUUCUCAAGCGGAUGCUCGACGGGAACAAACGAGUGCAGGAGGCUGCGGCUUCCGCGUUCGCUACCUUGGAGGAGCGAGCGAAGGAUGCAUUGGUGCCGUAUUGCUCCGUCAUUGUCCGUCAGUUUGUCGAAUGUUUCGCCCGGUACCAAGAUCGGAACAUGUUCAUCCUAUACGACUGCGUUCAAACCUUGGCCGAGCACUUGACGUCGCAUCUGGCGACCCCGGAGCUUGUCAACAUGCUGAUGCCAGCGCUGAUCCAGAGAUGGUCGAAACUUCCCAACCAGUCGCGCGAAAUUCUCCCUCUGCAAGAAUGUUUGUCCUUUAUCGCGACCGCCCUUGGGUCCUACUUUACGCCGUACGCCCAGCCCAUCUUCGCCCGGUGUAUCGUCAUGAUCCAUGAGAACUUGCAGAUGCUUUGGGGCGUUCAAGAGGUUCUCGGUCCGUAUGAGAGCGAGAAGGAUUUCAUCAUCACGAGCCUGGACCUUCUCAGCGCCAUCAUUCAGGCCAUGGAUCCGGCCAAAAGUGCUCAGCUCGUUGAAACAUCGAGUCCGAACCUCUUCGAGUUGUUAGCAUUUUGCAUGAAGGAUCCGAACGAUGACGAGAAGCAAUCGGCCUACGCUCUCCUUGGAGAUUGUGCGAUUUGCGUGUUUCCCCAGAUGAAACCCUACUUACCGGCUCUUUUCGAUAUUCUCAUCAACCAGCUUGAUGUGAGUAAUCUCAACCAAGAUGCCGAUGAUACUGCGUUUGCGGUCAUCAACAAUGCCUGUUGGUCGGCCGGUGAGAUAGCCAUGCGCGCUGACAGUGGACUGGAACCAUACGUAGAUGGUCUGUUUCAGAAACUCGCCAUGAUCCUGUUAAGCACUACCGUCCCAGAAUCGCUCAACGAAAACGCUGCCCUUGCCUUGGGGAGGAUGGGAAUCUCGUACUCGGACAAGUUAGCCGUACACCUGGCUGGAUUCGCUGCCCCAUUCGUUCGGACGAUCCGCAAUGUUGGUUGGAUGGACGAGAAAAAGCAUGCUAUGGUUGGGUUCAGUAAAAUUGUGCUUCGGAAUCCCCAAGCCAUGGAAGCAAUCCUGCUCGACUUCUUCCUUGAAAUCGCAUCCUUGCCGCAACCACAGACCCCAAACAAGGACAUGGGUGAUUUGAUCAAACAGUUCCACGAGGUGCUUUCGGGGUACAAACAGCUUAUUCCCAACUUCCAUUCUUUCCUAAGCCACCUUCCACCCGAACAAGCCCAAAAGAUCCGGGAUACAUAUCAAUUGUGAAUAGAUCAGCAUCAGAUCCGCGAUCAUCAAGGAGGGGCAUGGCGGAUAA